AUGCGCGGGAAGGCCUCCGCGGCUUCGCCCGGCCCUUCUUUUCCGCCCUCUGCGCCUCAUCAGACUCCCACCGGCGCUUCUGCGGCAGCGCCGGUCUCGCGAGUCGCCACUUUGCUCGAGGCGUACGACGCUGGACAGCUGUCUGCGUCUGCCGUCCUCCGCGCGUUGCUUCGCCUGCUGUCUUCUCCCUGCAGCGCCUCUGUCGCUGGAAAGAGGCGCGGCUUCGGUCGCGCGUGUGACAGGAUCCUGAGGGGCUUUAGCGUGGAGGCGGAGGCCACCGCUCUCGAGCCGGCGAAGACGCAGAAUUCAGAGAAGACGCAGAAAUUCCACAAGCCUCCCAAGCAGAAUGAGGCGCAUGCAGCGGGCACGGACGACCCCAGGAAGGCGCGCGAGCGCAUCUGCGUUAUGUGCGCAGCUGUAGACGUGUGGCUCGAGAAGGCACAGGAGUUUCUGCUGCUCAUGGGGACGGAGAAGAACGCAAAGAGCGGCGAGUCUGGACUGCUCACCUCCUCGCUAGGGGGGCGGGGGAAGCAUGGCGGCAACGGCGGCGUCGAGGGCAGCCGAGCUGCCAAGCGAAGAAGGCGUAAGCGAGACAGAGCCGAGCGCGAGAGCGAGACUCUCGCGCUCGGCUCUGCGAAGGACGACGACGACGAAGAGGACGAGGAGACAGGUGAAGGCGCCGAGAGGGACUCACGCGCCGAAGGAAGCAACGUGUACCAGCAAAUACAGGCCCUCGUGAAGCACCUCGACGCACUCACGCACGCGAUUGCCAACAGGGCUCGAGAGGAGGCGAACCGAGACCAGCUCUGCCUGCCGACGCUGAUGUCCCUCGUUCGCCUGCUUCACCGUCUCGCUCUUCUCGCGCUGUUUCACCCCUCUGCGGGCCUGCUGCCCUCCACGGUCGUGCAUUCUGCACCCGCCUGCCUCGCUGCGUCCAGCUCCGCCUCGCUGCUCGUUGAGUUCUUCCCCAGCCUCCGCCGCGUGCUGCGCGACAGCGUCGCCGCCGUGCUGGACGUCCUCGCGCUUCCGCCGCCUACUGGAGCCUUCGCCACUGUUGAGGAGGAGCGGCGGACGGAGCUGAAGACUGCAUGCGCAGACAUGCUCCACAACGUGCUGCAUCAACCCGCGAGUCUCUCCCUCUUCGCGUCGUCGCUCGUCUCUCUCGCGGCGUCUCUCCGUGCGCGCGGCUUCGACCUCGCCUUUGACGCAGAUGAAAAUGUGGCGUUUUACGGUCGCGCCAUUCUCUGUCGCCUGUCAUGGAUUUUCCGUCUUUCGUCGUCUUCGGCCUCGUCGCUAUCCGGGGUCUCGUCUGCGGCGGGCGCCUCGCCCCUGCCGGCGGUUUCUGGCUCCGCAGCGGCCUCUGCGAAGGACGAGAAGCACGAGCGCUUGCUGCUCUCUUUCGAGACAGUUUUUGAGCAGACGUUCGCUGUGUGUGACGGCCUCCGUGGGCUCUGGCACGCCUCGCUCGACGCGUCUGCGGCCGCCGAGCGGAAGAGACAGGACGCGCCCGAAGCCCACAGGGGACGCGAGACGGCGUUGACGGCGGGCGACAGACAAGUGGCUCGAGAGCGAGACUUCAAGCGCAGUGCGCGCGCGAUUGAGCUGCUCAGAGACCUUCUUCUGUUUGGCAGCGGACAGCCGAUUCCGAAGGAGGGAGCUCUGGGCGUGCCGCUCGCGCCCUUCGAGCGGGAAGGCGGACGCUAUCUCAUUCUCAACGUGGCGCCCUGCGUCGACCUGCUGCUGGCGUUCCUCGACGGCGCUUUGUUUGUCUUCCGCGAGCGCGCACAAACCUACCUCGGCCGGCUCGACGAGGACGGCAGCGAGGUAGACGAUGCCGAAGCGGCGGUGAGCGAGGAGGGAGGACAGGAGGAAGCGAAGAGCGAAGAUGACCGCGCGACGGUCGCGAGCACGCGCCCAGGCGGCAAGGCUCGCAGAGACAACCGGGACGCAUCGCGAGGAGGACCGCAGCGGGGCGGCGACCGGGGCGGCGACCGGGGGGAUGGCGCGCAGGGCGGAAAGAACAAGGGGAAGAAGAGGAGGGACGAGGAGAGGCAGCGGAAGGCAUCCUGCAGGCGCGCGGAGUCGGAGGACGAAGAAGACGAACGGACCGAAGACGAGGACGCUGAAUCUUUGUCGGGCGCGAGAGACGAGACCGACUCUCGGGACGCGCUGCUAUCCGCGACCGGAGAAAGAGACGCUGUCCGCGAGUCUCAAGUCACCGCUUUGAUUCACCAGUACGAACGUAAAGGCGACUCGACCAGUCCUGACGUGGAACACAUCUUCACUGCAGCCGUCGAAUGCAUGCAAGUUCUGCUCGACGUCGCGGGAGACGCGGGGGUCACGGCCAGCGUCGAUGGCUUCGCCUCCCUCGCCACGCGGCUGCUCCAGCCUUCUAGCAUCGAUCUCUUUCCGUCGGUGCUAGCUGCUCGUUUCUCCGGUGUCAUGUUAUCGUUUCUGCGCUCUCUCUUCACGGCGGCGCCAUUCCUUUUUCCGCCGCUGGCUGACUCCGCAUUUGGGUGGGCGGCGCGCGUCUUUGACGCGCUGGGAGCUCCGCUGUCUCUCGAGGCGUCGGCGUCGUCGCGUCGAGGAGGCGAACCCUCCCUCACUGCUUUCUCGACACUGCCGCUGCUGCCGUCGUCGGCGGAGGCCAGCACGCACCGGACCAAAACGGCCAAGAGGCUGCGUCUCGUUGAGCUCUGCCGAGCGAUCUACGCCUUCCCCUUCUUCCAGCUGGGUCAGCUAACGGGGUCGCAGCAGCCCGCGGCCUGGGGCGGCGCCGCCGAGCAGAGCAAACGGCGAGCGGCGAACACCGAUAAUGCUCGAGGCGACGACGUCACCAGCGUAGACGGGCGUGACAAACGGCGCAAGAGAAGGCGCGGAGGCGCGCAGGAAGCCUCGACCGGUGGCAUCAUUUUUGGGCAGGGCUCGAUGCUCCAGGAUGAAGACGGCCUCCGCCUUCUGCUUCACAUCUGGCAAGACAACUGCAGGCUUCUCGCAAUGCUCAUUGAGACAGAAGCCUCGCGCUCUCUUCGCGGCGAGCUCUUCCUUACCCGCGUGCGGGGAGCUACCGAUGGCCUGUGUCUGGACAUUCUUCUCAGGCUAGACUGUCUCGUCGAGAGCUGGCGUCGCAGUUUGUGGAUGGGUGCUUUUUCGACGGGCUCUGCUCUUCCAUGUUCGGCGUGGUCCGCCGGUGACGACAGCCGGCUGUCUGCUCUGGUGGCAGCGGUGGACGAAGUGAAGAACUGUUUGACUCUGCGCCAAGCUGCAUGCGGUCCGAGUCUGAGGUUGUCCCAGCCUCAGGGGCAACGGGGCACACGCAUUCCUGAGAAACUCGCUGCUUACUUCUGGCAAGGUGCCUCCCCAAUGUCUUUCAUCAAUGAGGAGGGACAGAGUGGCAGCGGCUCCAGUUUGGUGGGCGUGUAUGAGGAGGCAAUGCGCACGCGGCUGAUCCUCGGAGCCAUCGAGGCGAGUGCAGAAGCGUACAGGCAGGUGAGGAAGACAGCAGAGCGGAGCGCGGGUCGGCCGGGCGCGCGACGUGAGAAGGCGCCGGACCGAGGCCGUGAGGAAGAGACAGGGGACGAAGAGACAGAAACUGAAGAAAAUGCAGGAGACAGUCACGAGUCCACAGCGGAAGAGAGACACCCGGGUGUCCAACGCGCCGACGAGGUGGACUACGAACGAGAAGAAACGGUGCGGGCGGGGGACGACCAGGCCGCUGAAAACCGGGAAGGUAAGGAGGACAACGGAGAGGGAAGCAAGGUGGGAGGGAACGAGCAACACGAAACGCCCCUCAGUGAACAACACCAGACCGAGUCUCAAGAAGAAGACGGUCAGGAGAGUGGAAUCUCAAGCGGGCCUAACGACGAGGAAGAUGCAGAGGACAGCGAGAGCGAGGAGAUGGCUGCACUUAUGGAACGCAUUCGACAGGCAGAAGGUAACUCGGACAACAUGCAGAGGGGUGCAUAA